GAAUUCUAAACGAGAUUGAUAUUGUCAUUUGUGUUUGUAAAUAAAUUUUAAUUUAUCGUAGAAAAUAACUUAUAUUUGUACUAUUUUUAUAAACGUAAAAAUUAUGGGAACAGAGAUUCAAGGUGACGACUGGGAUUUACCCUGUUCGGACGAUGAACUGUCCAAAAGUGGUGUGUUCGUUGGAAAGGAGUGGAUGCCCGAUCCAGACGAGCUCGAAGAACUUUACAAAAACAUUGAUAAGUCUAACACACUCACUCUAGAUUGGAAGUGUCCCGGUCGGCGCGCACCCUCACCGGUUCCCGUGAGUAAAGAGAACCAACCAGAAAUUCCAACGUCGCCAAUUAGAGAGGAAAAGUCUGAUUUUGAUUUUAUGGACGAAGUGAGCUCAUUGCGACUUAGGGUGAGGCGAGAAGGGGAAGACACGCUAAGAGGUUCAGCUAAGAAGAAAACUACGUCAUUUGAUGGCAUUCUGUCUAACAUGAUAAGGCACAAGAGAAUAGAACAACUAGAGAAACAAUCUAUCACUCCAACUUCCAACACCAGCAGCGGCAGUUGAAUAUUACAUUUAGAAUUUAAUUAUAAUGGUGGAUAUUUCUAGAGAAGAUACUAAUAAUUAAGAUGAUUUUGCUAUGACUUAUAAAUUAUAAAAUAGGUGUAAGAAUUUUGUUAGCAAAUGUAAGUAAUUUACAAGUUAAGGCAGUUGAUACAUGUUUUUAUGAAAUAAAUGAUUUAUUUUUCUUAUAAAGUAAA